AUGGACCUGACUCUCGAGCCCUACGACGACACCGUCUCUUCCUCCUGGCUGAUCUGCAACACUUGCGGCACUCAGUUCCCAACUGCCGAUCGUUCCGCCCUCAAGACGUGUUACAUCUGCGACGACCCUCGUCAGUACGUGCCGCCGUCAGGGCAAUCCUUCACUACGUUGGCCGAUAUCCGUGCCACGGGACACAGAAACGAGUUUGUGCCGUAUCAGCAUGACGAGCGUAUCCUUUCCAUCCACACGGAGCCGAAGUUCGCCAUUGGGCAGCGGGCCAUACUGAUCCGGACUCCCGAGGGCAACAUCCUCUGGGACUGCAUCACGCUCCUCGACGACGAGACGAUUGACAGGAUCAAGCAGCUCGGGGGCCUCAAGGCAAUUGUUAUAAGCCAUCCGCACUUCUACAGCACGCACGUCCAGUGGGCGAGGGCGUUUCAAUGCCCCGUAUAUACCUCUGCCGAAGACGUGCGCUGGACGACGACGCCGUCUGUCUACCGAAAGCCGCUCACCGAGGUCGAGGCGGAAAUUGUGCCCGGCGUCAAGGCCAUUAAACUGGGAGGACACUUCCCCGGAUCCAUGGUCCUGCUAUUUGAUGGGAAACUCUUCAUCGCAGAUACCCUGAUGACAACUGCCGCGGGCAUCGGCAAGUGGGAGGUCGAUGCCCUGGGAGAGAAGAGGGAGAAGCCGCCUGGCUUGAACUCUUUUGCUUUCCUGUGGAGCAUUCCAAACAGCAUCCCUCUGAGCGCAGAUGAGAUACACCGAAUGUGGGGGAUCCUCAAGGCCUACGACUUUACAUCGACGCACGCCAUAUUUGUAGGGAUGGAUAUCGAGGACGAUAAGGUCAAGGAGAGGGUGCUGGAGAGCAUGAAGAUUCAGACGAGGGCCAUGGGCCAUGUAACGCAUGCGCUGCUGGAUGAAACGCUGUGA